AUGGCCAAACGUCAGUCCACUAUGGGCUCCCACCAGCGGCUCGAGAACGUCGACGACCUCACCAACCUCCCCUCGCUCGGCGACGACAUCAUCGUGCAAUGCAUCCGCGAACGCUUUAUGCAAGACACCGUCCACACCGCCGUGGGCAGUUCCGCUCUCGUCGCCGUCAACCCGCACAAGUAUGUUCCCAGCAACGCGGACUCGAUCUUGCAGAAGUACGCCUCCGAAUACCGAGACACUUCCGAAAACAAGUCCCCUCUUCCGCCCCACAUCUUCCAGCUGGCGAACAAUGCGUACUACCAUAUGCGAAGAACGAACCAGGAUCAGAGCAUCCUCCUGACGGGAGAGACCGGGAGCGGCAAGUCGGAGAACCGGCGGUUGGCCAUCAAAAGCUUGCUGGAACUCAGCGUCAGCAACCCUGGCAAGAAAGGGUCAAAGCUUGCUGCCCAGGUUCCAGCCGCCGAGUUCGUACUCGAGACGUUUGGCAACGCCCGCACGCUCUUCAAUCCUAAUGCGUCGCGGUUCGGAAAGUACACGGAGCUGCAGUUCAAUGAUCGUGGUCGUCUAUGCGGUGUGAAAACGCUUGACUACUACCUAGAGAAGGGUCGGGUCGCGGGUGCGCCGUCAGGAGAACGCAACUUUCACAUCUUCUACUAUCUCGUUGCCGGCGCCUCGCCCGAAGAACGUCAACAUAUGCAUCUCAUCGACAAGGCCACCUACAGGUACCUCGGUCACCAUCCCACUGGCCGUGGUAUGGGCCGCGAUGAUGAUGGCAUUCGCUUCGACCAGCUGAAGAUGGCCCUCAAGAACGUUGGCUUUUCCAAGCGGCAUGUGGCCCAGACAUGCCAGCUUAUCGCCGCGAUCUUGCACCUCGGUAACCUCGAGUUUACGAUAGAUCGCGGACGGAAUGAAGACGCCGCUGUGGUCCGCAACCUUGAUAUCCUGAACGUCGUCGCCGAGUUUCUCGGCGUACAGCCCGCUGCACUUGAGGCCGCGCUGUCGUACAGGACCAAAAUGGUUCGGAAGGAGCUUUGCACUGUGUUCCUAGAUCCCGAUGGUGCUUCAGACAACCGGGACGAUCUCGCCAAAACUCUCUACUCCCUCCUCUUCGCGUGGCUCAACGAGCACAUCAAUCAGAAGCUCUGCAAGGACGAUUAUGCGACAUUCGUGGCCUUGUUUGACCUUCCCGGGUCGCAGAACAUGACCUCGCGCCCUAACAACCUCGACCAGUUCUGCAUCAACUACGCUAAUGAGCGUUUGCAGAAUUUCAUCCUCAACCAGAUCUUCGAGAAUCACGUUUCCGAAUAUGAGAGCGAGGGUAUUGCUGCGUGGGUGCCGAGGGUGCCUUAUUUCGAGAACAGCGAAUGCCUCCGGAUGAUACAGAAUCAGCCGGGUGGAUUGAUUCACAUCAUGGACGAUCAGGCAAGAAGGGCCCCGAAGAAGACGGAUCACACUAUGGUGGAGGCGUUUUCCAAGCGAUGGGGCAACCACUCCUCGUUCAAGGCCGGCGGCGUCGAUCGAUCAGGUUAUCCGACGUUCACUGUCAACCACUUCAAUGGUCCUGUUACAUACUCGUCGGAAAACUUCCUCGAACGCAACCUAGACGCCGUCAACCCGGACUUCGUGUCCUUACUUCGCGGGGCCAACGCGCAUGAGAUUGCCGGCGCCGAUGCCACAGGUUCCAAUAAUCCAUUCGUGAAAGGUCUGUUCUCCAGCAAGGCUAUCGCUACGCAGGCGCAUCCUCGCAAUGAGGAGACGAUCGUUGCUGCGCAGCAACCCGUCAAGCCCAUGCGUGCUCCCUCGACAAGGCGCAAGAACACGAUCAAGCGCCGGGGCGCCAACAAUCCGCUUGCAGACAUCGACGAGCAGGAACGUGAUGAUGACGAGACUCUCGCUGCGCCGGGAAUGGGUGCUUCCGGCUCUGCCAACCACGGGACUCCUUGCGUGGCAGGCGAGUUCCGCUCAGCCCUCGACACGCUCUUCGAGACCCUGCAGGACACACAGUCCUGGUAUGUGUUCUGCAUCAAUCCGAACGAUUCGCAGCUCCCGAAUCAGCUCGAGGGACGCUCGGUCAAAGGCCAAGUCAGGAGCGCUGGGCUCAGUGCGAUCGCGCAGAGGAACCGAUGUGUGUUCGAGGUGGGCAUGACGCCGCAGGAGUUCGUGGACAGGUAUCAGGAGCCGUUGACGGCGAUAGGCGUGACUGAGGGAGACCCGAGGGAGUUGAUAUCUCAAACCCGAACGGCGCUGGGGUUGGAGGAAGGCGACAUCGUAUUGGGUAAUCAUAAGGCUUUCUUGUCUCAGGCGGCUUUCCACAAACUUGAGGAUCAGCUCCGUUCGCAGGAUGCAGAAGAGCAGAAGAGGAACAGGAUGCGCGACGCCGAGGCAGAAGCCGGGCUCAAUCCGCGAGAACUUAACGACCCUUACGCGCCUUACCUCACCCCUGGCGCGGAGAUGAUGCAGUCACCUUACGACAGCGGGUUCAACGACCCCUUCAAUCAGUCCUCGCAACAGCUACCGCUUGUACAAAAUGCCUCAUCACUGCAGCGCGCUGAUAUGUACGAGGAUGAGUACGAGGAACGGAAGUCCUUCCGCAGCGACGACUACGAUCAGCAGAGUCGUUUCACCAGCGCUCGAGACGAUACGUCCCACUAUGGUACCGAGUCAUACGCACCAUCCCGCAACAUGUUCCAGGGCGCGGAUACCAAGGGCGUGUUCGGCAAGGAAGCUCUCGCCGGCGAGAUCCAAGAGGGUGAGACUACAGAGGUCGUGAAGGAGACUUCGGCGCGCAGGAGAUGGGUGGCACUCUGCUGGAUUUUAACCUUCUGGAUGCCCAACCCGUUCCUGAGAUGGUUUGGCAGGAUGAAGCGCAUGGACGUCCGACAGGCAUGGAGGGAGAAACUGGCCCUGAACCUGAUAAUCUGGUUCGUGUGCGCGUGUGCCGUGUUCGUUAUCGCCGUGCUCGGUAACCUCAUCUGCCCAACCGAGCACGUCUUCAAUACGAACGAGCUCGCGUCGCACUCAACGACGAAUUCGCCAAACAACGUGUAUACGUCCAUUCGUGGCGAGGUCUUCGAUCUCACGGACAUCGCAUCCACACAUCAGCGGAUCGUCAGCGUUGUACCGACCAAGUCAAUUCUCAAGUACGGGGGCACAUCGGCCGACAACAUCUUCCCGGUUCAGGUUAGCGCACUGUGCAACGGCGUCGACGGUACGGUCAGCCCGUAUGUCAUUCUCGACUCCAGCAACGAUACCGAUGUCAAUGCCCAAUACCACGACUUCCGUGUAUUCACCAACGACUCGCGUCCGGAUUGGUACUUUGAGCAAAUGACGGUCAUGCGGUGGAACAACCGGGUCGGAUUCAUGGGUUACACUCCGAGAGCCUUGAAGAACCUGGCGAAUAACAAGAAGAAUGUCGCUAUCUAUGACGGGAUGAUCUAUGAUUUGACCUCCUACGUGAACAACGGGCCGGCCGUUCGAGCUCCCACCGGUUUCCAGGCGCCAGCCGACAUCGACACCCAAUUCAUGCACUCGAGCAUCGUCAACGUCUUCCAGAUCCACGCCGGCAAGGACGUCACGAAGCUCAUCAACGGCCUCAACCUUGAUCACGAUGUCCUCGAGCGCCAAAAGGUCUGUUUGCGCAACUUGUUCCUCAUUGGUAAAGUCGACAACCGCAACUCGCCUCAAUGCCUGUUUGCCAAUUACAUCCUACUCGUCCUGUCAAUCAUCAUGGUCAGCAUCAUCGGCUUCAAGUUCUUGGCCUCUAUCAACCUUUCGGCGGAGCGCGCACCGGAAAAUCAUGACAAGUUCGUCAUAUGCCAAGUCCCAUGUUACACAGAAGGCGAAUCAUCCCUACGGAGGACAAUCGACUCGCUGGCGCAGCUCAAGUACGAUGACAAGCGCAAGCUGAUCGUCGUUAUCUGUGACGGUAUGAUCGUUGGUUCCGGUAAUGACCGCCCUACUCCGCGCAUCGUUCUCGACAUCCUUGGUGCCGACCCCAAUCAGGACCCUGAACCGCUCAGUUUCAUCUCUCUUGGCGAAGGCGCAAAACAGCACAACAUGGGCAAGGUGUAUUCAGGGCUGUAUGAGAUCGCUGGUCACGUCGUGCCAUACCUGGUCAUCGUCAAGGUUGGAAAGCCUACGGAGCGCUCGAGGCCCGGUAACCGCGGAAAGCGCGACACUCAAAUGCUUUUGAUGCAUUUCCUGAACAAGGUUCAUUUCAGCGCCCCGAUGAACCCUCUGGAGCUCGAAAUUUACCAUCAAAUCAAGAACGUGAUCGGUGUCAACCCGAGUUUCUACGAGUACAUCCUUACCGUGGAUGCUGACACGACCGUACAUCCGUUGUCCUUGAAUCGUCUCGUUUCUGCUAUGAUUCACGAUAAGAAACUCCUCGGUGUAUGCGGUGAGACCGAGUUGUCGAACGCAAAGCAGUCAAUCGUUACGAUGAUGCAAGUUUAUGAGUACUUCAUAUCUCAUCAUAUGGCGAAAGCCUUUGAGUCCCUCUUCGGUUCCGUCACCUGUCUUCCCGGUUGCUUCACCCUUUACCGCCUACGGACCCCCGAUACUCACAAGCCGUUGCUUGUCUCCAAUCAACUCAUUCAUGACUAUUCGGAAAACCGCGUCGACACGCUUCAUAUGAAGAACCUACUUCAUCUCGGAGAAGAUCGUUAUUUGACGACACUCUUGCUGAAAUACUUCCCCGACUUCAAGACGCAGUUCGUACGGGACGCGCACGCAUACACCGUGGCGCCGGAUGAGUUCAAGGUCCUGCUCUCACAACGUCGUCGAUGGAUCAACUCGACAGUCCACAACCUUGGCGAACUCGUUUUCUUGGACCAGCUCUGCGGUUUUUGUUGUUUCUCCAUGCGAUUCGUGGUCUUCAUCGAUCUGUUGUCGACGGUCACUGGGCCCGUGACUGUAGCAUACAUCGUCUAUCUCAUUUACUUGGUUGCUGCUGAGCACAAGAACAUUCCCACUCUCUCGCUCAUCAUGAUUGCUGCCAUAUACGGUGUACAGGUUAUCGUGUUCCUCCUCCGACGCAAGUGGGACAUGAUCGGAUGGAUGUUCUUCUACAUCCUUGCCAUCCCGUACUUCUCAUUCUUCCUUCCGCUUUAUUCUUUUUGGAAGAUGGACGACUUCUCAUGGGGUGCUACUCGCCUGGUCCUCGGAGAAUCCGGAAAGAAGAUAAUCGUUCAUGACGAGGGCAAGUUCGACCCGAGAUCUAUACCACUCAAGUCCUGGGAAGAAUAUGAAAAUGAGCUAUGGGACAAAGAAUCCAACCAUAGCAUCGGUUCGUGGGUGCCUCCGGCGAAGAUGAACAACGGGGGUUAUGCUCAAUCGAUGGCGCCGACGGCCUCGCUCUACGGCCGCGAGACGUACUAUGACCCUGGGCCGCGAAGCUUCUCCCCCGCACCGUCCCAAAUGGGUUACGGGUAUCCCCCACCGGGGUACCAGUCUGGACGGAAUACGCCGAAUGGCGGAAUGUCUCACUCUCCGCUACGGACUCCCAUGGUGAACGAAGCAAGCACGCUCUAUCAGCCGGCGCCGUCCCGACCGGUGACGAACUACCUCGACAUGCAGCUACCUUCCAGUCGGAGUGCGGAGAACCUGGAUCCGGCUUUCGGAGCUCCGACGGAUGCGGAACUGGAGCGGGCUGUCGAAGCUGUAUUGCGGGGUGCCGAUCUUAAUACCGUUACGAAGCGCGGGGUGCGACAAAAACUCGAGGAACAAUUCGGUUGCGACCUAACUUCGCGGAAAGGCACAAUCAACAACGCGAUAGACAGGGUACUCGCGCAGACGGCUGCAUUGUAG